AUGAGCUGCUUCUCUUGCAUUAAUCGCCGGAAGGGGGUGAAGAUCGACAUUGAGAAGGCCCCUGGGUCUUCCAAUUACCACAGCAACUCCUCCGAUGACUCUGGUAGCGGGAAGACGAAGAAAGAACGGGAAGACAAGCUACCGAAGGGGAGUGGGUCGAGGAGUUUCUCGUUCAGGGAGCUGGUGAAUGCAACCCAGAAUUUCAGGGACUUGAAUUUGAUCGGAGAAGGAGGAUUUGGCCGAGUUUACAAAGGCCGUCUGGACAAAGGCGAGAUUGUUGCGGUGAAGCAGCUGAACCAGGAUGGAAUGCAGGGGAAUCAGGAAUUCAUCGUUGAGGUUCUAAUGUUGAGCUUGCUAAACCAUCCUAACCUUGUUACCUUGACUGGCUACUGCACUGCUGGAGACCAGAGAUUGUUGGUCUACGAGUACAUGCCACGAGGCAGCUUGGAACAUCAUCUUUUCGAUGUGGAUGGCAAAGAGCCUAGAGUACCUUCACUGCAAAGCCAAUCCACCAGUGAUCUACCGCGACCUGAAAUCCGCUAA